AUGACUACCGAAAUAGGUGGAUUCUUAAAUCAAGAUGAACGAGUUAUGUGCCAAGGAUUGUACUUGCCUGAGAUGACGUUUCGCUUUCUGGUGAUCCUCGCUGUGAUAGCCAUGCUCCAUCUAGCCAUCGCUUUCCCACAAGCAUAUUCAGUAGGAGCACUAGCGCAGCCAGUGAUUGUGCCGCAGCCGGUGCUGAUCGCAAAUCCACUCAUCUCUCCUGCUGUUGCUGUUCCUUCACCAAUUAUCGGUUGA